AUGUACCCAAAAGAAAAAGUUAAGGCGAGGUGGAGCAUAAUUCAAGGGUCCAAUACACAAAAACAAUCCGGCCGAAAAGUGACACACUGCCCGAACGAAUUGUGGGACGCGAAACGCAUUGGGCAAGCUUCUUCAGGGGCGACGCCGAGACAAACACUUUCGUUCGUUCAUUCAUCUUCCUACACCUCAAGCAUCCUGCCGAGCGGCUUUGCGCAUCGACACCACGGUGUGCCCGACCUAUACACGCGCGCUUCGACAUCGACAGCAAUAAUCGACCUUGCCGAUAUGGCGUCGACACAGAGCAGUGGCCUGCAGAGGCGCAGAGGAGCAGGAGCUGCCUCUGCCUCUGCAGCGCCCAGCACCUCUGCCAAUCGCAUCGAUGAUGAAGAAUUCACACCCUCGCGCACAUCCUCGCCUGCACCUGGUCGAGCAUCAACACCAUCAAAUGCCCCGCGCAACGGCCCCGCAUCUUCCUACGGCUCACGCUCAGCAACUGGAUCCGUAACAACCUACGACGAGUCCACGGGGCAUCGAGUUGCAUACGACCCGCGUGACCUCAACGACGAAAAGGAAAUCGGCGAGAACCCACGACUCACACUCAUGGAAGAGAUCCUGCUCCUCGGCUUGAAGGACAGACAAGGCUACCUGUCGUUUUGGAACGACAACAUCUCGUACACUCUACGAGGGUGCAUCCUCAUCGAGCUAGCGUUGCGUCGUAGGAUCGCCAUCACCAAGGAUCCAAUGCGAAAGCGCUACGGCUUGACGGAAAGAGUGGUCGAGGUGAUCGAUGGCAAGAUGACGGGAGAGGUGCUGCUCGACGAGGCCCUGAAGAUGAUGAAGGCCAGCGAGAGUAUGUCUGUUGCACAAUGGGUUGACCUGAUGAGCGGCGAGACGUGGAAUGUUAUGAAGAUCGGCUACCAACUCAAGCAGGUACGAGAGCGCUUGGCCAAAGGCUUAGUGGACAAGGGCAUCCUUCGAACCGAGAAGCGCAACUUCCUUCUGUUCGACAUGGCAACACAUCCGCUCAAUGACACGAGCUGCAAAGACGCCGUCUUGCGGCGUGUCUUGGCUCUUCUCACUUCCAACUCGUCGACGGUGCAUGCCAACACCUUCUACAAAGAGGACGCUUCCUCCAGCGGUCGACCCGUCGCAUUACGCGUCACACGAGCGCUCUGCCUGCUCUGCUGCUCCUUCUCAGCCAACGUGUUGGAGAACGCAUUGAACCACCUCUCGUACGAAGCGCGCGAAUCAGCGUUCCAAAAGGCAGACGACAUACUCGAGGAGUUCGCCAACUGGCCGAUGGCUCCCAGUGCCGGUUUGGCGGGCGGAGGUGUAGGAGGUGGUGGAAGCAGUGGCGUUCCGACGAGCAUCUCGUCCAAUGGGCCAAGAAAGGCGAACGGUGGUGCGAGGAUCGGCGAGGGAUCUAUGCUGAACGAAAGGGCGUAUGACGAGGUAGGCAAUGUGGGUGCUUCACUGCAAGAGUUGGGAAAGGCGUUGCAGAAAGAGUUGGAGCAGGAAGGGGAUGCUUUCAUGUUCGAAUGCAUCGCGGCCGUUCUCAAUGUCCUGAGCAGGAUGGACUCGUUGCUGUAG